GGGGCCGCGCCCGGCCCGUGAGGGGUUGUGCCGGGUGGCGGCGCAAUGAGGCGGCGGGGGGGGUCGAGAACUGAAUUCCUACAAAAAAUGUUGGUGGUGCAGAUCUGACUUAUACUCUUUCAAGGUAUUAUUAUGAGUAUUUCAGCAAACUGCCUCUUCAGUGGUUCCUUGUUAGCAUCUGAAGUGCAUGCUGCUGCUGUUAAUGGAGAUAAGAGUACCCUUCAAAAGCUAAUAGCAGGAAACUCUGAGCUGAAAGAUAAAGAGGACCAGUUUGGAAGAACUCCACUUAUGUACUGUGUACUGGCGGACAGGCUGGACUGUGCAGAGACAUUGCUGAAGGCUGGAGCUGAUGUUAAUAGAGCUGAUCGUAGCCGAAGAACUGCGCUCCAUCUUGCUGCACAAAAGGGAAAUUACCGCUUCAUGAAACUUUUACUGGCUCGUAGAGGGAACUGGAUGCAGAAGGACUUAGAGGAUAUGACACCAUUACAUUUAACUACACGUCACAAAAGCCCAAAAUGUUUAGCUUUAUUGCUAAAACAUAUGGCACCUGGAGAAGUGGAUACGCAGGACAGAAACAAGACUUCCUCAGGAGAAAAUGUAAUCUUAACAUCUUCAGAGAUUUACAUUACUACCUUCUUGGAAAAAAGUCCUUCAGACUAAUAUUCUGCAUCUGUAGCGACAACAGUUGCUUGAAAGGCCAGGAAAUCUCCAGGUGACUUUCCAGCAAACUGCAUUGCAUUGGAGUGCCUACUACAAUAACCCAGAGCAUGUGAAACUUCUCAUAAAACAUGAUUCAAAUAUUGGAAUCCCUGAUAUUGAAGGAAAAAUCCCACUUCACUGGGCAGCUAACAACAAGGACCCUAGUGCAGUUCACACAGUGAAAUGUAUUCUGAUUCAGAAGUGCUUGGUUACAUGAAAAACGUUGGGAAGAUUUAAGGAGAAAAGAACAGAAUAAGGUUCCAUUAAUAUGCUGGAAGCAACUGCUUAGUACUCUCUGUCUAUUUUAUAUCUCUCCUCUUUAUUUAUUCUUCAUGGAAGCUGCACCUACAGAAUCUCUGCUUAACUGGCAAGACUACGAAGGACGAACUCCCCUUCAUUUUGCUGUUGCUGAUGGGAACGUAGCAGUUGUUGACGUCCUGACCUCCUAUGAAGGCUGCAAUGUGACAUCUUAUGACAACUUAUUCCGAACUCCCCUUCACUGGGCAGCCUUACUUGGUCAUGCACAGAUUGUCCAUCUCUUAUUAGAAAGAAAUAAGUUUGGAACUAUCCCAUCUGAUAGCCAAGGUGCAACACCCCUGCAUUAUGCAGCACAGAGCAACUUUGCUGAAACAGUUGAAGUAUUUUUGAAACAUCCCUCUGUAAAAGAUGACUCAGAUCUCGAGGGAAGAACAUCCUUCAUGUGGGCAGCUGGCAAAGGCAGCGAUGAUGUCAUUAGGACGAUGUUGACUUUAAAACUGGACAUCGAUAUCAAUAUGACAGACAAAUACGCUGGCACAGCGUUACACGCCGCUGCCCUUUCUGGCCAUGUCAGCACUGUCAAAUUGCUGUUGGAACAUAACGCCCAGGUAGAUGCUUUGGAUGUCAUGAAGCACACCCCACUUUUCCGAGCCUGUGAGAUGGGACACAAAGAAGUGAUACAAACGCUCAUUAAAGGAGGAGCAAGAGUAGAUCUGGUGGACCAAGAUGGCCAUUCCCCCCUUCACUGGGCAGCCCUAGGAGGAAAUGCUGACGUGUGCCAAAUCUUGAUAGAAAAUAAAAUCAAUCCUAACGUGCAGGAUUACGCGGGUAGAACACCACUGCAGUGUGCUGCUUAUGGAGGUUACAUUAACUGUAUGGUAGUGUUACUGGAAAACAACGCAGAUCCAAAUAUUCAGGAUAAAGAGGGAAGAACUGCUUUGCACUGGCUCUGCAACAACGGUUACCUUGAUGCUAUAAAGUUGCUGCUUGGUUUUGAUGCUUUCCCUAAUCAUAUGGAGAACAGUGAGGAGAGAUAUACUCCACUGGAUUAUGCCUUGCUUGGUGAACACCAUGAAGUGAUUCAGUUCAUGUUAGAACACGGGGCUCUGUCUAUAGCUGCCAUACAGGACAUUGCUGCUUUCAAAAUUCAGGCUGUCUACAAAGGAUACAAAGUUAGAAAGGCUUUUCAAGAGAGGAAGAAUCUUUUGAUGAAACAUGAACAGCUGAGAAAAGAUGCUGCUGCCAAGAAACGUGAAGAAGAAAGCAAGAGAAAAGAAGCCAAGCUACAGAAAGGGCCGCAGAAUGUGGAACCAAAUAGGUUUCAAGUCCAGCAGAAUCCUGCAAAUCGAGAGAAGACUACUAGCAUCUCACAGUUGCCCAGUAAACCCACUGAUAUACAGAAUAAGAGACCUCUGUCCCUCACUGUGUCACAAAUCCAGCCAGGGAGAAACAGUAGAGGUUCGCCUCAAGUUUCUCACAGCAGAGGGACACCGAAGGAGAGUUGCCUGUCAGCAGAGCCUCAGAGUGAAGGGCAUAAAAUCAGGCAAGAUUCACUGAGGAAACACAGCAAAAGCAAGUCAACUUGUGUCCAGUUCCAUUGUGGCAAAGCAAAAGAGGGAACAAAAGUGGAAGCGAAACAUCAGCAGGUUGCAGCCGCGGCAGAGCUGGAUGGAGAGAAGCCCAGGGAGCACAGUGCCGAGGCGACGCGUACCUGUGCUCGGGGGAGCAGGAGGCGGACCCCGUCUGCUUGUAGGACUGCUAGCGCUGGGGAAAAAUUAAGAGAUCAAAGUCAGUCUUCAUCUGGCAACAGGGACCAUUGCGAGGGAACAGCUGCGUUCUUCUGCAACCUCAGUUGUGCUGGUGGAAUUGUGAGAAACCCGAAGCAGUGCGAAGCUGCUUCCAAAGGCAAAAGGCAUCAGCAGAAAUCCAGAAAUAAAGAGGUAAAUGACGAGCGAUGUUCACCAGCUGGCUCCAGUAGACCGGGAACUGCCAAAACGGUGUUUGUAAACACCCGCAGUGACAGCGGGAACGCUGGAGAACAAGCGAACAAAGUGGGAAAUACCGAAUUAGCAAAAAAGGCCUCCCCUUUAUUGUCUGCUGAGGCAGAACCUACUGGAACUGUGCCAAGAAACCCAGUGGCUUGUUCUGCUCCUGGUGACAGCUGGAACUUGGAAAAAGCAGGCGUAAUCGGAUCCAGGAGUGCAGAUGAUCAAUUAUGUUCUGUCGCAUGGCAAAGUACAAAUAUUGAACUAAUCCCUUUAGAGAUUCGAAUGCAGAUUAUAGAAAAAGAAAGAAAAAGGAAAGAGCUGUUUCGGAAGAAGAACUAUGCUGCUACAGUCAUACAGAGGACGUGGAGAAGUUACCAGCUCAGACAGCGCUUGUUUCAGCUUCUUGGUGCGAAGCGGCAGUGCAAGGAAGACGAAGACAAAUGGAGACAAGAGACAGCUGCCUUCUUCAUUCAGGUUGCUUGGGAGAAACAGCUGAACCACAGCCCCCUGAAAGCAGCGCCGCCAUGUAGAAAUCUGAAAUCCAUGAACAAAUCCAGCUCAGCUGUAAAAACCAGCAAGCAGUCCAUCCUUAAGCAGAUCUAUGGACGUUCUCAGGAAGGCAAAGUGUGUCAGCCAACAAGAGCUCCUUCUAAGCUGAAACUUUCUGAUGUGCAGCUGGUCUCAGUAAACAACCUGCAGUGUGUUAAUUUGCUGGAGAACAUGGGAAAAUCAAAACAAUUUUCAUACAACAUGAGACCAACCACAGCUGCAAAAUCAAAGAAUACAAGACUCAAGCACUAAGCAAAACUGAAUGUUCGGAAUUUAAAAAGCACAUUCUGGUACAACUGUUAUAUUUCAUAACGUACAAGUCAUCUACAACAUAUUCAACUUGAACGCAUUUUCAGUUUUUGUAUUAUCUCAACAGUGCAUGCCAAGCAGACUUCUAAGGAGUUGCACUCGUUUUGUUUUUGUGUACAAGUUAAGUUUUUAAAUGCAACUGUUAACUUAUUUACUGACAGGAUAAAAUCUGAAUUUUAUUUGGAAACAGAAAAUGAAGCACUAAGCCCAGCAUUACAACAGAGUUGCAGGGGCUCCCCAGGUUUUCCUUUGUCCAAAGUAGAAAUUUUGAAUGUGUUCAUCAAACAGUUUCAAAGGAGUGGAAACUGUACUAAAGAUGUCACAGGUUUGAAGUCUGCCAUUUGAUUUCCCCUUGAAUUUAUCAAAUAUAUUAAUAUUUCAAAAUCCAAACAGGAACCAAAGAACCUUAACAUUCCACUUCUGUACUAAUGAAACAAUUGUUUCUUAGCUAGCUAUGGGUUUGGAAGGAAAAGUAGAGACGUUGACAAAAAAACACUCAGUAAAUACAUUGCUUUCCACAGCCUAUGGAAAUCGUUAGGGGUGGGGUACGUUUUCUACCCUUUGAGAUUAUCACCAGUUUUUUCUGCAUUCAUAACUAUUUUUAUACAUGCACAAAAAGAGUUUCUACAGAAAGCAAGAUGGGACUUAUUCUAGAAGAAAACUUGUUCUUAGAGUAGCUUUGGAGCUGCCAGUGUAUUUACCUUGCACAAAGUAUUUAAAAAUAUGAACUGCAAAAAUAAAAAGAUGUUACUCUAGUUUCAAAGUA